AUGUGCGUUGAGGACUAUCUAAACUGUGGACAGCUGAUCAGGGAAAAGACCCACAUCCAGUUCCCGACGCUGCCCGUGUUCCGCCCGUCGUCGCUCGUGUACCAGCGGAUCACGCAGCGUGGCGUGUACCGGUACGUGAAUAGCUACUACCCGUACGGCUGGUCGCGCUACAUCAACCGGCUCAGGUCGUACAAGUUCCCCACGACGACGACCAUCUCCACCUCUUCGUCAUACUUCAGUGGGCUGCCGCACCUGUCCUUCCUGACCAGCCCGGUCAUCCAGCGUGACCUGAUCUCCGUGCUGCGUCUGCGCUUCUCCAGCUACCCGUCCGGUAUCAUCUACAGCAAGAGGCUGCGGUUCCCCACCUUCGUCCGUGGUUUCCUCCGCCAAUGGCGUCCGCGCUACCACAGCUACACGCCCAGAUUCGUGAGCAGCUGCCUCGUGGCCUUCGACAACUAUGCGUGCCACUGGCUGCGGCGGUACAACAAGUUCUCCCACUGCUCGUCCAAGAAGCUGUGGGGCAAGUACUGGUAGGGCGUCUCAGUUCGGGUCGCCAGUCGUCAGUCAUUCGUUCCAGUUUAAAACAAGGAUGAACUCGGAUUGAUUUCAGAAGCUGCUGUUUCCGCUGACGUUUUCUUCCUGAAUUGGUGUUCACUGAGUUCAAUACAAGUUCGGUCGUGUACA